AUGUCGAAGCGCAAUUUGGUCCAGCCAGACGAAUUUCCAGCCGAUAUCUCCUGGGCUGAUGAACCACAGAAGCGUACCAAACAUAAUGCUACCGAAGACGAUGUUGAAAUGAAAGAUGCUACUAGCGACAAUGCCGAAUCUAAAUCUGGGGAAGAUAAAGUCGCAGCCGACGGAAUGGACAUUGAUCGUACGAAUAUUGCGGCCGCUUUUCCUCAAGAGAUGAUCGAAGAACUUAGUAUUCCGGAGUUACUAACAAAAUUAAGUGACGACUCCGCCUCGUCGCCUUUAAGCGACGACUUGGGUGUUGUAUAUAUCGUUACGAAUUCCACCAUCAACAGACACAGAAACUUUAAAAGUCCCGAAGAGCUUCACAUUGGGGAAGUGGAGUUGGAAGUUGAGGGAACAUAUCACACUGCCAAAGCUGCCAACUCGCGAGUCAUGGAAGUAUUCCACAAUAUCUAUAUGGUACAUGGCUGGGACCUCAGUCGUGAGAUGAAGAGAAUUGAGAAGCAUGAGUAUCCUAAGCCUGGUGAAGUCGAAUGGUGGAUAGAUUCCGAUGGCCUCUUGUCGCUACGGGCUGCCGAUGGGCAGAGCAACCAGCUUUGUCGAGUCCGCGCCACUAAAGAGCAGAUUAAGAUGCAAUGGCGCCCUAGGGAGUGA